UGUUUGUAAACUUCCCGGAGGACCAGCAGUGGUUAGCGUUUUAGCUAGCCGUUUGGUGAUUGACGCAAUGGACUAAAUCUAUCGAAUAUUGAACAAACACAAAUGACAUUACGUUAGCAACGUAAUUUGUAACUUACGUCGCUAGUCGUCAUAUGUCAGAGCGUCAGUGGGACGUUAAAUCUGGUGUGUUUACAAAUUAGUGACGGUGAGAAGCUAACGGUGUUAGCUGGCUAACGUUAGCAACAACUUCGUAACAACGACCAGCAGUCAUGAUGGCGUCUAGCUAUAACGCCAAAGACGAGGAUGGACACAUCACCGUGUCCGGGCCCGGUGGCGGCAAUCUGCGGAGCAAGAAGCCAGAAAACACUGCGUUUAAACAGCAGAGACUUCCGGCAUGGCAGCCCAUCCUCACUGCGGGCACCGUCCUACCUGCUUUCUUCAUCAUCGGACUCAUCUUCAUCCCCAUCGGCAUCGGCCUGUAUGUAACGUCCAAUAACAUCAAGGAGUUCGAGAUCGAUUACACAGGAGUCGACAUGUCCAGUCCCUGCUUCAACUGCUCCCAGAACUUCAGCUGGAACAGCACGAGGCCGUGUACCUGCACAAUACCUUUCUACCUGGACCAGCCAUAUGAAAAUAACGUCUUCAUGUAUUACGGUCUCUCCAACUUUUACCAAAACCACCGUCGCUACGUCAAGUCGAGAGAUGACAGCCAGCUGAAUGGAGACACUGAAUCCCUCAAGAAACCCAGCAAGGAGUGUGAGCCAUAUGCUGUUCACGAAAACAAGCCAAUCGCACCAUGUGGGGCCAUCGCUAACAGCAUGUUCAAUGACACGUUGGAGCUGUUUUACAACGACCCCAACGGCACAAAGGUUCCCAUUCCUCUGACAGCCACAGGAAUCGCCUGGUGGACCGACAAACACGUGAAGUUCAGGAACCCGGGGGAAAACACAAACCUCACAGCAGUUUUCCAAGGCACAACGAAACCGGUGAACUGGCGCAGGCCCGUCUACGAGCUGGACUCGGACCAACAGAACAACGGCUUCAUCAACGAGGACUUCAUCGUUUGGAUGAGGACCGCCGCUCUGCCGACCUUCCGCAAACUGUACCGCAUCAUCCACAAGAAGAACAACAUGGUCCCAACUCUGGUCCGAGGAAACUACACUCUGGAGGUCGUCUACAAUUAUCCCGUUCGCAGCUUCGAGGGCCGGAAGCGAAUGAUCCUGAGCACCAUCUCCUGGAUGGGAGGCAAGAACCCGUUCCUGGGUAUCGCCUACAUCACCGUGGGCUCCGUCUGCUUCUUCCUGGGCGUCGUGCUGCUGAUCAUCCACCACAAAUACGGCAACCGCAACAACAGCGCUGACAUCUCCAACUGAGACGGCAGCUGCUCUCCAGCUCGCCUCUGCUGCUGGUGAACCUUCAUGUAGUGACCAGAGGGGUGGUUCAAUUUAAAAAUGUGUUAUCUACAGUAACUUCUCCAGCUGUCGGCCGAGCGUUUAAAGGUUUAAAAUCCCUUGACGGUGGCUGAUGAGUGAGAAGUAGCCAAAUAUUAGACGCCACAGUCAACGUCUAAAAACAUUGUUUUUCUUUCGGGUAAUCAUUCCUCCAUGAAGUGACGCCUUCAUAGCACAACUACACCUACAGAGGAGUUCAGCUGAAGCUCAUGUGAACAUGAACACAUGAGCAUCUGAAUACUGCAUUAAUAUUAGGGCUGAACAAUAAGCAAAAACAUCACAUUGCAUUUACUUUGUUUGUGAGUCACAAUUUGAAUAGGAAUGGCAGUUUUUUUUCAUUUCAUUUUCUCUGGAAGAAAAUAUAAAAAUGAUUUUUGUUGAGACUUGUAUUAAACAAACAAACAAUUGGAUAUUGCACUUGGCCGUUUUGUGAUUUCGCUUAUAUUUCAAUUAAUUGUUCAGCCCUAAUUAAUGUAGAAAAAAAAUCCAAACUAAUUUUGAUUGUUAUUAAGAGUUCCUCUCAAAUUUGUCCGCUUCUUGGCCACAAGAAAAACUAAAUAAAUAAAUUUAUUUCAUAUUUUUCCACUAGACUCAUGUCCUAGCAUCACAGUGGGAGGUCACAUUACCCGGUUGCUGUCAGCUAAAUCUGAUUAAAGCCCAAAAAGAAUUCUCAAAUCUUAGUAAAAAGCCCAGGAAAUAAAAGUUUGUGAAACUUUCCAGGCCCCUAUAAGAUCCUUGAGGUGCUGUCGGUGCGGUCCAGGUGAGCUGGAGAGUUGUUCCUGUAAGUCCUGAGUUGCAUGCUUGAUAACGGAGAUGUAGAUGUGAUCACCGAGCUGCUCGAGCGGCUCGUCUCUGUGCCUCGUUUCGUCUGUGACGUCGUCCUGCUUUUAAACUCAAAUCAAGCUUUCACUGAGUCGUAGCACUUUAAAAACGUGCUGAGCAGCUUCCACGUCAGAGGGAGCACAAAACGUUUGGAAAAUGUACAAAUAACAUGUUUGUUUUUUUUGUAUUUAGUUUAGAGUUUUGAGAAAUGUUUGCAUCGCAAAGCCAGUAUUUGCACGCCAGACCUCAGGGGUUUUGAGCCUAAAGUGGGUUUUAAGUUUGCUGCAUUGAUUGGAGGAGCUUUAAGGUGCAGGUGUGUAAAUCUACUGCAGAAAAAUGUACAUUAACACAGUGUCUUGGCUUCAUUCAUCGUCGUUUACAUGCAAUAAUAAAAGAUAAUCAAUGCAGCAUGAUAGAACAGUAACUCAGUAUAAUGUGAUUAAAUGUUUGUCCGUUUGCAUUUGCACUACAGAGUCGAUCUAACGCGCACAAGUAGGUCCACACCCACAUUCUGCCAUUUUGAGCUGAUAAUGAACUGAGAUUCUACAUUAAUACACGUGUACAACAGAUGCUGCAUGUUAAACUGUGCUGAGUGAAAAUGUGUUGUUUAUCUUCUUUUAAUAUGUUUUGUCAAGAUAAACUGUCACCUGCAAUUAUUUGAAGCACUUAAUAUUUGAUAUUUUCUUUUGAUACUCCAUCCGUGUUGUAUUGUUGCUUUUAAAUUAAUAAAUUUGUCAUUUAAAUGAAAAUACA